CUGAAGGAGCGAGGAAACCGCUAGGAAGCUGCUGUGUCUGUGUCCAAGGGGGGGCAGUUAGCGGCAUUUCCCAAACUUAGCAACCACAGAGCCAUCUUCCUCCCACUUCCCCCUUCUUUCCGCCCAGAGCCUUCCUGGGAACCACGUUCAGAGACUGGUCUAGUCCAGCGCUCUCUGGUCCCUUGACCACAGAUGAAUAUGGGUGAGAGUAAUGUGGACUGUGUGGACCCCAAGAGCUGAGUGGUCAAAGCAGACAUCCACAGGACCCAUGGCUCUUGCCAACGUCCCAUUUUUCUAACGAUGCAGAAGACACAGGGGAGCACCAGGCACAUUCCCAGAGGAGCCCAAACCGUUCGCCACGGCUCACCAAAAACGGGCUUCAGUAAGCAGUUAACAUGAGGUGUUGUGGAAAGUGUGUGUGAAAACAUGUCACAAAGGUCCCCAGUUGAUACCCACCCAUCCUGCAAAGAGAAGACUUCCCUGGGUGUCUGCUUCCCGUCCUCCGUGGACAGAGCUCCUAGUCUGUCAAAUCCCAUUCAUGUGUAGUCAGAAAUGUGGGUACCAGGUAUAGUCUGCUCAAAAGCUCAUCUAGAUGUUUCAAUGGGGACCCCCAGGUUUCUGUCUUUGGCAAUGCCAUUAGUGUAUUUCCAAGGAGGGCUGGUCCGGGUUCACGGUCCCUGGAGCCCCAGCUAGAAGGCGGAGGAGCAGCCUGCUGUAAGCCUUCCUUUCCAGAGUUCUACUGCCAGAAAUGCUGACUUAGUGGGUCCGGUGCAGCCCUCGCCACCUCAUUUUCAGGGAAGACUCACCGUGCUUGACAGAGAUACAUCUCCCGAGGGAGCCCGGGCCGGCCUCACUCAACGGCCCAGCUGUUCUUCUGAUGUUAGGCCACGGUCUGUCUGUGUAACCUCCGCUCGUGGGAGUGCAAGGCGAGACCCUCUUUCAUGUGACAACCCUGCAGGUUACUUGAUGACUUCAUUCUGCCUGAGCCGUCGUUGUCUUCAGGCCAUGUGACCGGCGCUGACAUGCGCAGUGGGCGGUCGCUUCUUCCCGCCUGGCCGCUGGGCCUCACCUGAUUCCCGUCGCUCACAUUGCCCAUCACGCAAUCAAAAUCACCGCACUCACGUCCCCCCAUUAUCUCCGCUGGUGAGCCAGAGGGCCUGACCGUCCAUCCCCUUCCGUCCACGCCCGCCCCUCCUGCCGAGAACAAGCACCGCAAUGAGUGGGGAGGUGAUGAAUUUCAGCGCCGGCUUCAACUUCAGCGAGGACUACUUUGGGUCGGGUAACAGUUCGGAUUACUCAGCUGACGGCGACAGCUUCGUGUGCUCCCUGCAGGAUGUGCGGAGCUUCUCCGGGCUCUUCGUGCCCGUGGCCUACUCCCUGAUCUGUGUCUUUGGCCUCCUGGGCAAUGUCUUGGUGGUGGUCACCUUUGCUUUUUACAAGAAAGCCAAGUCCAUGACGGACGUGUACCUCUUGAAUAUGGCCAUCGCGGACAUCCUGUUCGUCCUCACCCUCCCGUUCUGGGCGGUGAGCCACGCCACUGGCGAGUGGGUGUUCAGCAACGCCACGUGCAAGCUGAUGAAAGGCAUCUACGCCGUCAACUUCAACUGCGGGAUGCUGCUCCUGGCCUGUGUCAGCAUGGACCGCUACGUCGCCAUUGUGCAGGCCACCAAGUCCUUCCGGCUGCGGUCCCGCACGCUGGCGCACCGCCGGGCCAUCUGCUUGCUGGUGUGGGCAGCGUCGGUGCUCAUCUCUGUCUGGACCUUCGUGUUCAACCAGAAGUACCACGUGCAGGACAGCACCGUGUGCGAGCCCCGCUACCACGAGGGCUCCGACCCCAUCAAGUGGAAGCUGCUGGUGCUGGGCCUGCAGCUCCUCUUCGGCUUCUCCAUCCCGCUGCUGUUCAUGACCUUCUGCUACGCGCUCAUCGUCAGGACCCUGGUGCAGGCCCAGAACUCCAAGCGGCACAAGGCCAUCCGCGUGAUCAUCGCGGUGGUGCUGGUGUUCCUGGCUUGUCAGAUCCCCCACAACAUGGUGCUCCUGGUGACGGCCGCGCAGCUGGGCAGGAUGAACCGCUCCUGCCAUGGCCAGAAGCUGCUGGGCUACGCCACCAACAUCACCGAGGUCCUGGCCUUCCUGCACUGCUGUCUCAACCCCGUGCUCUAUGCCUUCAUCGGACAGAAGUUUAGGAGCUACUUUCUGAAGAUCGUGAAGGACCUGUGGUGCGUGCGGAGGCGGCGGAAGUCUCCGGGCUUCUCCUGCUCCAGGCUGCACUCGGAAAGCUUCGUCUCCAGGCAGAACAGCGAGACCGUGGACAACGAGAACGCCUCGUCCUUCACCAUGUGAGCGGCCUGGAGCAGGCCCGCGGUCUGGGGGACUGCGGACAUGCACUUGGGGCCCCCGGGGGUCCCCUGCGGUUGGCCUUCCCCAAAAUGGACCCCCGGGACUACGAAUCAGACAUUUUCAGGAAUAUUCGUGAAGCAUCUUGUGAGCACGACCUCUCCUGAUCACAGCAAAAUGCACAGGGUUGGGAAACCCAAGAUAGAAAAAUAUCACGUAAGAGCCCUUGCACCCCUCAUCUUAGGCAGAAGGUGAAACAUUCCACCCAAGCCGGCCAAGUGGCGUGGGGAGAUGGACGGUGGCUAGAUGAGCACGGGUGUCCAUUGUCACCGAGGAUAAGGAAGACGAGGUGGUAACAGGCCGUUGGGAAAGGGCUGGCUUGCUUUAUUUCCCCGGGGAAGUGUUCCUUGCAGUCGCCGAUUCUCCGAAAGUCGGGUAGGCAGAGCUCCACGAGCCGCAACCGAAUGGCAAACACUCAGAACACAGAGGGCUUCGUGACUAUUGUCAGACAAAUCACAGUGAAAUUGGGGGUCACAGUGCAGUUUAGAAUGUAAGGUGUUUAAAUUACCUUCUUUUAAAAAGCACAAGGAAGCUUCCCCGAGACAAUACAGAAAGGGCUUUGGUCCCACGUCCACGGAAGCGGAAGCAGCCCCUGGAGCCAAGGGCAUCAGGGGCCACAGGGAGCUGGGCUCCUUCCCUCUCUGCUGCUGGCUUUGGUUUUUACCCAAAGUCUGAGGUUGAUCAUGGAAUCCGAUUUUAACAACUGUCUUCAACUUCUAGAAAGUUCCUAGAACUCAAGCUUUGAGAGUGCUUUGUAAACAUAUGAACACAAGUAGAAAAAAAAAACCCACAUUACAAAAAUGCAAGCAUGUGUUAGAAGGUACGUGAGUUACAAAGACGUGAGUUACAAAGAAGCUGACUGAGAAAUCUGAAACUUUCUGUCGUUCUCAUGAGCUUGACCUGCAUCUCUGUAUGAAAUUCAAAAUGCCAUCUUAGGGUUCUGAGUCUGUAUGUCUCAAACAUCGUUUUGGCUUUGCAAAAUGAAGGUCUUUGGUGCAUGAAGUAGGAGCGGUUUUCCAGAAUCAGGGAUCUGACCCGGGAGCUGAGGCGUUCCGAGGUCGGCCGUCCUCCCAGGCUGUAAGCGUGGGCUCCAGUGCUCAGAGCCUGGUGGCCUACUUGCAUGCCCCUUGCGGGUCCCGGAUGCGCUCAGAGGAUGUAGGGAGAGAAGUUUGUGUCUCUAAGCAGGAAAUAGCUCGCUUGCUGUGACACAGCUAGAAAUCAGCUCUUCUGUAUAAUUUGAAUUUUCAGAUAAGUGAAGCUUCUUUAUGCAACAGUCCAUUUAAUUUCAGCUGUACUGAAUAAAAGUGUUUCUAAAGUAGGAUACAGA